AUGACUGAAGCAAUGAUUAUUGAUCAAUCAAGUACGACAAUGAUCGAAAAUACUAAUGAAUCUCAAACAAUAAAUGGUAUUGAAAAGAAAAAAUAUGCUAUACAAAAUAUUCCACGUUUACCACGUGAACUUACACCAUUUGCACCAUUUACAGCUGUUAUUGAACUUGAUCAACGUGGUCCAUUAUUUAAAGGACCAGGAGCAAAACGUGAUACAGGACGUUAUAAAGUUCGAUUAUCAGAUGAUGAAAGUGUUAAACGUGCAAAAAAAUAUGCUUUGGAACAAAGUGUUAAAUAUGUUCUUGUGAAACAACAACAACAACAACAACGUGUCCAAUUAGAUAAUAUUAAAAAACAACAAGCACUUUUAUUAAUGUGUCGAAUUUAUAUUGGAAGUAUUAAUUUUGAGUUAAAUGAAGCAAUGCUCAAACAAGCAUUUCAACCGUUUGGUCCAGUUAAAGCUGUUUCAUUAACAUUUGAUCCUGUUACUAAUCGUCAUAAAGGUUUUGCUUUUCUUGAAUAUGAAAUACCAGAAGCAGCACAAUUAUCGAUUGAACAAAUGAAUGGAGUCAUUCUUGGUGGAAGAAAUAUUAAAGUUGGUAGACCAUCGAAUAUGCCACAAGCACAACCAAUUAUUGAUCAAUUAACUGAAGAAGCGAAAAAUUAUAAUCGAAUUUAUAUAGCUUCAAUUCAUCCGGAUUUAACUGAAAAUGAAAUUCAAAGUGUUUUUGAAGCUUUUGGUAAAAUUAAAAGUUGUACUGUAGCAAAAGAUCCAGCAACAAAUAAACAUAAAGGUUAUGGUUUUAUUGAAUAUGAAACAGUCCAAGCAGCACAAGAUGCAAUUAAUUCAAUGAAUUUAUUUGAUCUUGGUGGACAAUAUCUUCGAGUUGGAAAAGCAAUAACACCUCCUGAGGGUUUGCUAGCUUCAACACCAGCAGCCGCAGCUUCAAUGCCAACAGCUACUGCAUUAGCUGUUGCUACAAUUACAGCUCAACUACAGGCUAAAGAUGUUGAAACAAAUUCACAACCCACUAUAUAUGAUGAAACUGGCUUAGGUCUACACGAACGCCGAUGGUCAUAUCCAACACAAGUAGGAUUUAUUGGUGGUCCUAUUGCACCAACAACUGUUGCUGCUGCUCUUUCAGCUGCUUCAUAUUCUGGUGCAACAGCUGUUACAUCAAUGAUUUCUACUAUACUCAAUCCGACUACUUCUAUAACAAAUCCGAUUCCUCAACCUGCCACUGUUGGUUCGCCUGGAGUUCGUUCAAAUUUUAUUACACCACCUGUAUCAAAUGUUACCACUUCACCAUCACUACAACAAAUACCUGUUCCACCUUCGCAAGUUAUUAUUCCACCACCACCAUCGACAUUGAUUCCACAACCAACUAUGCUUGAAGAACCACCUGUUCCUGUUGGAUUAAAACCUGAUUUAGAACCAAAACAACAAUAUCCAUCAAUUUCACUUGUUUUACCAACAAAUAAAUCAGAAACAACUGACAAUCAAAAAACUGCUUUAGAUUUAAAUCUUGCUGAAGAUUCAACAGCGCCUUUAUCUCAGCAAGAAGAAUUUAGUGUUAAAGGUCGUGAACAAAGACAUUUAUUAAUGCAAAAAUUAAAUCAACGUCGACUUGAAUCACGUGUAUGUGUACUAAGAAAUAUGGUUGGUCCAGAAGAUGUUGAUGAUGAUUUACAACAAGAAAUAACAGAAGAAUGUUCGAAAUACGGUGAAGUUAUUAAAGUUGUUAUUUAUACUGAACAACAAGGAGAAGAUGAUAAUGCAGAACAAAUUGUCAAAAUUUUUGUUGAAUUUCAAACAAAUAAACAAGCAGAAAAAACGGUUCAAUCACUUAAUAAUCGAUAUUUUGCUGGUCGAAUGAUAAAAGCUGAAUUAUAUGACCAAACAGCAUAUCAAGCUGAGGAUCUAUCGGGUUAA